AACUACUCUCUUUGUCAUAAUUACUAGGUUUUAUUUAAGUUACAGCUACUUUCAAGGCAAAUAAAACUCUUUGCUUGCUCUUUAAAUGACACUUAUUUAAAAUAUUCAAGUGGCCCACAAAUUAACCAAAAGAAUAUAAAUAUAGUCAUAUUUUGAAUUGUACAAAUAUUGCACAAUAUUCCUGUCAAUACUGUAAUGCAUACGUAAGUAUCAUACAUAGUUCUCCUCCUUCUUCCGCCACUGUCUCAGUAAUCUUUUUCAUCACCUCUGCAUUUCUGACAAAUAAAAUCGAGAGAGCAGCUUUUUAGUUCACUGACUGUAAAUGAGAGGUAGAAGCGUCUAAAGUUUGCGUUUACCGGUAUGAUGCACAUAGCAGGUGGGGAUGAUUCUCAAUGGGGAUCCCGGCCGAUGUCUUUACACAUCUGGUACACAGUUAGAGGCUGUUUCCCCCGAAAACAAAAAGUGUUUUACUUAAGUGAAGGGAGUAAUAUGUUUACAUAUGUUAACACAUGAUGCCAUCACGUCAUAGCAUAAUAAAUCAAAUAGUAUCAAAAUAAACAUAGUAACAUUUAUCAUAUGUGAUGUAAAGAUCAUCCAUUCUUGUCUGUAGAAUGGAAUCCUCCCCUCCUGCCGAUCUCUGGGUCUGGCACUAGCACUUUUAGCCGUAGCUUAGCAUAGAUAAUUGAAUCUGAUUAAACCGUUAGCAUCACCCUCAAAAAUGACGCAUGGGUGCAGCAGACGCAAUGAUAUCUCACAGCAUGAAAAGAGUUCCCAGCAAUUUCAGGCACUGUUUAAUGUCAGUAAUAUCAGCCUGGCGUGUUCCUUUAAAACAUCCAUUUUACUUGUGUCAGGAGUUGCCUAAAUAAUGACAGAAUAUUCGUUUUUGGGGGAAGAAAAGUAGAUGUAUCUCGUCUUAUGUAAACUAUAAACACCCUCUUUCUCUUUCUUCACGUAAUGUAAACUGUAUUCUCUCUUUAUGUGUAGAAAUUCCGUCAGUACAGAGAGGUUGUGGAAAUCUGUGCUGGAGGGUGAGGAGAAAUUUUUCUGAGGGGUCCUAAGGUAUUGCAGAGAUAAUACAAAGGAGAAAUCAAACAUGACAUCCAGCCAUUAUUUACAAUUAAUCACACAAUUAACCCAGCGAACAUAUUGACAAGACCAUAGAACAACACUUAAAAAUGAUUGGCGAGCCUAGGGUCAUCAAUGGUGUUAAAAAAAACGGCUAAGUGGCCUUGGAAUUUUAGAAAGAGGUGAACUAUGAUCUCUGAUCCAACUAUGUGUGUAUUAUUAAGUUUACAAAAACAUUAAAUUCAAAUGCAUUUAGGUUGUCCUUUGUGGGUUAUGUAUUACUACCAACAGUAAAAAUCAUAUCUAUAAGUAAUAGAUAACUAUAUAACAUAUACAACUAAUAUCAUUAGUGCAUCCCUACAUAUCUGUUACGUUAAUUUAAGUUUUAUAUUUAAAUUCAAAAGGAAAAAAAAGUAGUGGGACAUUUAUUAAUGUGUUUGUGAAUGUUUUGAGCAUUGUUUGGAAUGAUUAUAUAUUAUAUGUAUUUUAUAUAUAUUUUGCAGUAUAUCAGGCAUCAGAAACAACAGGGGAGUAAAACUGCCUUGAUGAGUAACAAAACAGACUAACUUUUGACAUGCACUUUUGAAAAGCCAGAAAUAAACGUCUAUAGCGUACAGCAGGAUGAUUUUUAUUUUGCCUUAAAAUGACAUUGAUUUAAUUAUUUGACUAAAAAGGGCCUGUUGUUUAACUUGUUGCACUAAGCAUUAUUUAACAUUUUUAAAUCAAUAAUUUAUAGCAUACUUUAGUUUCAUUUAGUUUUCAUUCAAGACUUUUUUUUUCUUUGCGCCAAAUGUAAAAAAAAAAAACAAAUGCUGAAUGCUGAUUGAACUGUUGAAUGUGUGUUGAUUGUGUUGUUUGGCUGUAAGCAUGUAGCAUUCAAAAAUAUAAAGUCACAAUUCAGAAAAAAGGCAGAAUUGCGAGCAAUUCUGAGAAAAAAAAAUUGCAGUAACCAUUUUCUUUUAUUAAAUUUGUGGCUGAAACUGGCUUUCAUAGCAAGUAAAUGGCACUAGUGAAAUUUAUUUUUUAAUCUUUUAUUUUGAGAGGGUAUUACGACAUCAUAGGCAUAUAAGCCACUGCAGUGCCACUUGUUAAAAAAUAAAGGAAAUAAUAAAAAUAUAAAAAAUAUAUAUUCAUAAGCUUUUAUAUUUUUUAUGUAAUCAUUAAUAGGCUAUUUUUCUUUUAAACGAGCAGUCAGUAGGCCUAUGUCACGUGACUGGGAGUCCUGUAAAACACAGAGUACCCUUUCUCUUUAUUUAUUCCUUUCCCUUUCCAGCUUGUACUUAUUUGAACAGUGCCUGAGUAUCUGAGUGCUUUAAAAUGACUAAACGUAAAUCCCUCCAGCUUUAACGUCCAGGGCUGGCAGGCCUCGGUUGAGGCUUUGGCUCGAGGCGGUAGUUUUAGUGUCUUUCAGAACUACUUGCCUAGGGACGUGUACACAUUGGCAGAGCCGGCUAAAAGCAUAAGCGAACUAAAGGGCUAUUUUAGGACCCCCGUGGUCACCAGAGGGCCCCCACGAGUAGCCUACGUGAAAUUACAUUUUAUUUAAUUUGUCAUAAAGCAUGUCCAUGGGCAAUAGUGAUUAUACGUAAGUGCAAUAUUAAAGAAUUAAAUAACCUGUACAUAUAAUUUUGUGUCUUUCUCAAACGCGGUGCAGGGUUAAAUCUAUACAAGACUUUCUAAUCAACCAAUCAGCAAAUAUCUGUUUUAGGCUUAUGAUCAGGGUUAGGUGUUUCUCCUUGUUAAUCAGCUCUCAUUUCCCACUGAUUUUAGCAGUACAUUUUGGAUAGGGUUAGUUUUAGGGGUAGGGAUUGGGAUAAGUCUAUAUUUGAUCCAGGAUCAUGUCUUAAUGGGAGUUUUUAAGAGCGCUUGAACUACUGCAAGUCAAAAUGGUCUUUGAAAAUGUAAAUAUAAAUGUUAUUUGCUCUCUUUCUGUGUGAUUAACCCGGAAGUUAAUUUGCAUUAAGUGUCGCAUUAAAUUCACAUUAAAUACAGGCUAAAGUCAGCCGCAUCAAAAAAUGCAUUAAAAAGUAUGACACCUAUACAGGCAGGUUUUUAUACAUAGUCAGAUUACAUCAUCAUGUUACUUCGGCCAUCACCCAAUAUAGAUCAAUAAAGGUGAGAAUGAAGACAUUUCACGACUCAAUAGAAAAAAGCUACUGUACGUCACAUUGAAAUACACAAAACAUAUUUUGUUUUAAUAGGAAAACAUGAUAAUCUGGAAAUAUUAACCACUGCUUCAGUUCUCAAGAGGUUUAUGUUUACCUUGAAUGUUGUUUUGAAUUAAAAAAAACUAAAAAAUGCUAAGUUAUACCAGGUAAGUAACAACUUUUACCUUUUAUUUUACUUACAGUUAUUUAAUUUGCGACUAAAUGUUGCUAAAACAACUAGCUCUCCCAAGAUGUGGUCACUUUCACCACCAAUCAGCAUAAUUUCAUUUCAGUGAGGAAGUUUUGCAUUUUUUUUUUGAUCUGCAUGGUGUAGCUGAGACAUUUCUAAAAUAAUGAGCCAUAUGGAAUAUAUUUUAAAACAAAGCAAGUGACAGAUCGUUUCCCUCUUUGUUCUCCUUCACUUCAGUCGAAUAAAUAUUGAGUGUAUUCUCUCGAUUAAUGCGAUGCUACCUGUAUUUCUUCACCACAGGGCACCAGUGAAACUGCACUUUCAGUUCCUUAGAACGGUUAACAAAUCACUGGGCUAUUUGAUUUUCAUCGUAAAGUAGGCCCUUUCUUCCUACCAUCAGUUAUUCACACACACACACACACACAUGCGCAACCACACACUAGCUGACUUUACAGCGGAAGUCUUUGUCUUCGUUGUCUUCCCUCCCAUUAGAGGACAACGACACCUUUGAGUUUGCCAGAAGCGUGAAGAUGUCUGUUAAAGCAGACGACAGCAAGGAUGAGGAGGGCGACCACGGGUCGGAGGCCACGGUUGUGGAGACGAACCGCUUCGGCUUUAUUCUAGGGAACGGAGAAACUGACAGGGACGGCCCAUGUCCCGAGAUAGUGAGACAUCGAGAGUCCAAGUGGCUCGGCCUCAUGACUCAGUGGGAGCAGGUGAUGGAGAAAAAGAGCAGCAAGGUCAAAGGUCAGUGUCAGAAGGGCAUCCCAGCAUCCGUCAGGGCGAAGGGCUGGCCGCUGCUCUGUGGAGCUAAGGAUAGAAAAGAAAAAAACGUCAAACUCUUCGAACGUCUAGUUAAAGCUCCAGAUCAUCAGGGAUGGACCGAUAUCAUCAAAAGAGACACAGACAGACAGUUCCCCUUCCACGAGAUGUUCCAGUCCAAAGACGGCCAUGGUCAGAAGGACUUGCUGGAGGUCCUGAGAGCCUACACUCAGUAUCGUCCAGACGAGGGAUACUGCCAGGCGCAGGGUCCAGUGGCUGCUGUGCUUCUGAUGAACAUGCCCGCUGAGGAGGCGUUCUGGUGUCUGGUGCAGAUCAGUGAGCUCUACCUCCCUGGAUACUACAGCCCUCUGCUGGAAGGUGUUUUAUUCGAUGCCGCUGUUCUGUCAAGCAUCGUAAAAAAGCUGUGUCCAGCCGCACACAAACACCUACAGAAUCAGGGGGUGGAGCCUCUGAUGUUUGCCACCGAUUGGCUGAUGUGUCUGUACAGCCGUCACCUGCCCUUCGAAACUCUGCUCAGAGUCUGGGAUCUCUUUUUCUGCUAUGGUGUGCGGGUUUUGUUUCAGGUCGCUGUGGUGCUGGUUCGCCGGUGUCUGGGUGAAGGACGAUUAAGAAAGGAGUGUGACGGACAGAUGGAAACACUGGAGAGACUACGAGGGGUUAAACAACGUGUCCAACAUGAGCAGGCUGAUGCUUUUAUCCAUGAGGUAUGUUCAGUGUCUCUGUCCUUGACGGACCUGCAAAAACAAACUGAGAAAGAGCUGGAGAAAUGGAAAAAAGAGAGACCAAACUCGACCUUUGACCCAAGAGGGCGAUGUCAUGGAUACCGGAUGGUUUGGGAAAGAUCACAGGAUAAACCAAAGGAUCAAGAAAAGAAGGAGCGACCGAAGGGGAGCCUGACUCUUCCUCUCACGCGCUCACAUUCUUCUCUUUCUCCUUUGGCUCUCCGUAAGAAAUGGAGGAAGAGGAGCAGUAAGACCGACAUGGAGGAAUGGGACGGAGGGGGAAGAAAAUUCUCGCGAAACGUUGUGGAGGAGAGCGACGAUGAGGAGGUGAGGAGGAGGAGUGUGUGCGGUAUCGUUGAGGAGCAAAGGGCCAAGCGGGACAGGCUAGCCGACGAACUCUGCUCAAACAAAGGUCUCAACACACAUCCCAAAAUCUCAGUGGUGGUGUCCUCCAGCAUUGACUGCGAUGUUUUUGAGAAAGAGCAUACAGAGACAUCUUUAAACCAACAGGAGGAUCGUCCAGAAACAGCACAAGGUGAUGAGAAAGAAAAGACAGCUUGUUGUGUGAUUGAGGAGGGCAUACAUUGCCAUAUACAGGACACGAGUCAAGAUGCACAGAGUACAGAAGCUCAAGGAGAUCAGGAUGGACAGGAUAUGGAAAAAGACAAAAAUCGAGAUGAUCAGAACACAGAAGCACCAACAAAUCAAAAUGAACAGAAUACAGACACACAGACGUGUGAACAGACUGUGGAGACUGAGAGGAUUUUAGAGCCUUGUGAACAAAGUACAUCACAGGAAGACUCCAGUAAACAGGAAGAGGAACUACAACCAGACAGCAACAUCCAGGAAGAGGAAAUACGAAAAGAACACUGCAAACAAGAACAACAAGCAGAAGAUAGGUUACCAAACACCACAUUGAAUGAAGAAAAUGAGGAAAAUAUCCCAGAGAAAGAGGUACAGAUACAUGUUUUUCCGGAGGAAGAGAGGUCUCAAACAUCUAGUGAUCAACAUGAAGCAGAAGAAGAAUCAGAAAGGCAGAGAGAAGAUUCGUGCAUAAAUACAGCUAUAGAGCAAGAUGAGGAGACUCAGCUUAUUAGUGAAAACCAUACUGACGCAGACAAGGUGAAAGGGAUUCAGCAAGAGUUUGAUGUUCUCCCUGAGGAGACCACAGAGAUAUCAGACCCUUCAAACAUGUGUGAGGAGAAAGAUGGCGAGACACUGGAGGAUAACAGGCAGGAUACUAGCUUUGACGAGAAUGAAAGUCACUCUCAUUGUGUUAAAGAGACACUGCAAACACCUGAAAUAGUGCUAACAUCAUUCUUGUUAAAAACUGAACAAGAAAUUGAAACCGAGCAUCCGGACGAACCAACAGAUCCUGAACAGCAAUCCCAAUCAGGCGAAGAUGUGGAAGAUGCUGAAGGAUCUGGCAACCCAGAGCAGAGUGAAGUGGAUUCUGCCGAUGACACCAAUAUCAUUGAUCCUCAGGAGGAGAGUGCAGCAUCAAUACACUCUGAUGGCACAUGUCAUGAUGAAGAAAACAGUGAGAUUAAUCCCAAAAAUAAUGACGUUAAUAAACCUGAAGCUGAAAACAUAGUGUGCUGUGAAAUCAAUACUGACGAAUCAAGCAACCUCACAAACAAUGCAGAAGAUGAUACUUGUAGAUAUGUCCAUGCAGAAAGCAAUGAAAUGCAUGCUGCUCCCAAAUCAGAAAACCUUCAAUGCAACACAAUAGAUAUUGCUGCUGAUUCUGGCGAACUUGAAAACAAUAGUCCGGAAAUUGCUGCUGGAUCUAACAACCCAGAUAGCAACAGUGUCACUGUUACAAGAGACUCUGAGAGGAGUGAAGUGGAUUCUGCUGAUGGAAAUCUUGAAAACAAUGAUGUGCAUGAUACAACUGAAUCUGGCAACUCUGAAUGCAAUAUGACAGAUCUUACCACCGAAACUGAAAAACCAGAAAGCGAUGCCAUGGAUGUUGCUUUUGGAUCUGACAGUUCAGAGAGAAAUAUAGAUGGUUCUCCUGACGAAAACCCACAAUACAGCAAUGAGCAAGUUACAAGUGGACCUGGCAACACAGAGAAUAAUAUAGUGGAUUGUGCUGUUGGAUCUGGCAACCCGGAGAAGAAAAAUGUACAUGUCACAGCUGAAUCUGGCAACUCAGAGAGCAAUCCAGAGCAUGUGACCACUGAAUCUGACGCCCCAGAAUGCAUGGAUGUGCCAUCUACAAGUGAAUCUGGCAACACAGAGGACAAUAUAAUUGAUUCUACAGUUGGAUCUGGCAACUCAGAUUACAAAGAAGAUAUCACAACCAGCUCUGAAAUCUCAGAGACCAGCAAAGAGCUUGUAAGCGCAGAAUCAGGCAACCUUGAGAGUAAAACUGAGGAUUCUGCUUCUGAAUCUGGCAACCCUCAUAACAAUAAAUGUGCAAUAGCAGAAAACUGCCAGGGUUUAGAGUCCACUCCUUCAGUUUCACCUUCAAAAACCACAAGCCCAAACGUCCCACCGGCUCACGUCCGGGUGCGCAGGUCUUCCAGCUCGCGGGUUUCCUAUCCCACAAUCCUCUCUGAGGACACCUUCAAAGAACCACAGCAGCAAGAACACACGCAUUCAGAACACACACCACCGACACCGGAUACACACGCUCAGCCCAACUCGCCGACAAAGUCAGGCCCUCCAAAACGUCUGGGUCUGUUUCAACGUCUCAGAGGGGAGACCAAUAAAACCCCCGUCCCCAAAAUCCUCAUCCAGGACUUCAGCGAGAAAGAGGAGAGGCUGACGGCGAAAGAGAGGAGGCGGCGGAAGAGAGAGAAAGAGCGAAAAGAAAGAGAAGAGAAAGACAGAAAGAAACGUGAGAAGGAAAUGGAAAAGGACAAAGAAAAACAAAAAGAAAGAAAAAAGCCUCAGACAAGAGGAAAGAGCUUCCAGGUGCUGAGCAGGAAGGGUGAUAAUGCCGUGACCCCGGGGAACAGUGACUCUCAGACAUCCCGCGCCAGGAGAAACUCUGCUCCUUUUUCCGACGGAUAUUUUUAAAUAACAAGAGACUCGAUAACAGCGGGAGUGAGACGUUUUAAUGUGACUUGUGCAAUGAUUUGAUGCGGCUUGUUAUAUUCACUGCUUCAUCUCUUGGUUUAAAACCAUAAUUAUUUUCAUAGAAAAAUAAAAUCAGGAGGAGA